AUGUCGGCCAUAGUAUCAUCAUCUUGUACUGAUAAUGGGUCGGUCUCACGUCUUUCAAACGGUCUUCAAGAUGCUAGUAUUACUGGUUCUUCCUCAAAAACACUUAUAUCUAAUAUAGAACAAGGGAGGAGAAAUACUACAAAUUCUUUUCGUUCUUCGCCCUGGACAGACGAUAACAGAGAGUGGGACAAUUUUUUUCAACAAAAUGUUGUUCAUGGUAACGUGAAACAGGAGUUUCCCGAUUUUUUUAUGUCAGAAGAUGAGGAGGAAGAAGAAUUCCGACAAGAAUGGAGUGAUGAACAUUUUACCCAAUUAUACAUUCAACAGCAACAUAGUUUAAAUCUAGACAAAUUACAUAAUAGAAAGCGUCGACAUUCUACUUCACAAAAUUCUUUUGUUCAAGAAUUUUUACAAAAUUCAAAUGACACAAGUCAAAAAAUAACGAAUAUUUUUUGUACAAAUCAUUGCGACUUGUUCCAAGCUCAACUUUACUUCAUUGAUCACCUUCUGACCGCCAUCUUAACAUGUCCGAUCACAACAACUCGUAGGCCUUCAUCCACGGCUGAAUGGAAUUGGGACAAACUCUUUUCACCAACACGUUGGUAUGAUAAAGACCAUGAAGAUGAUGACGAUAUACUACAAAACGAAUAUCUUAAGCAUGUCGCGAUUGAAAGAUUGCAAUUAUUGUUGGGACAUUUAAUUGUUAAUACUGAUGACGAUAAACGAAAAGAAGGAUGGGAGUGGGAGUGGGAGUUUUAUAAUUCUUAUAUUCUUUAG